AUGGGCGCUCGGCGUCCCAAGUCUGACGGCCCAUCAACUACCGCAGAGAAGGGUCCCAAGCGGGGAGACGUCGACGACCGCCAGGAUGGCGAAAGAUCAUCAGACGCCGAGGCCGACGACUCAAGCUCCAACUUUUCCUCGGUGUCGGGCGACGCCCCUGCGCCAAUCCGCGCCAACGGCCGCGUCUACCACGGCUCUGGACGACUAUACUUCCCCAACGAUGCCGGAGAGGACCGCCGAAUGAAUGUCCAGCACGAACUGUACAAGCUGUGUCUCGAGGGGAGGCUGCACGAUGCUAAGCUACGAAUUGAGGACGACAGGAUAGAGAUGCGAGACGAAGAUGACGACAACGACGCCGAUGACGAGGGCGAUGACGAUGAUGAUAACAAGAACAAGGUAGCAGAGGAGAACACACAACCGCGAUUCCAGAUCCUUGAUGUCGGCGCGGGAAAUGGCAUCUGGGCCAUUGAAAUGGCUAAGCGGUACCCGCAAGCUGAUGUGCUGGGCGUCGACUUGAGCAGCGCCCUCCUGCCCAAGGACGUGCCGCCCAACCUGACAUUUGAGAUUGCCGACAUGGCCGAACCUUGGCCCCCUCGCCUCUACGAUUACAUCCACCUGCGCAACGUUGCCGACGGCGGCAUACGGGACUGGGAACGUCUGGUGGCCGAGGCUGUCGCGCACCUCCAGCCCGGCGGCAAGGUCGAGUUUUCCGAGAUCCGCCCCCGCUUCCUACCCUCGUCAGUCGACGUGCCGGGUCGACGUCAGCACCAGCAGACUGUCGAGGGCGGCGAGGACCUCCUCAACGCCAACGCCGAUGCCCCCGAGUUCAGCACCAUCCUGCGCGAGUCCGCCUUUGUCUACAAGCAGCUUACUACGGAGCAGGGCGUCGACUUUGACCCCGUGCCCAGGAUCAUGGCCGCCAUGCGGUCCCAGCCCGUAGAAGGUCUGAGGGAGAGGGUCGACUGGAUUCACGUCAAGAAGCCGAGGGCUGACGCUGUCACGCGUCGCAAGGAGGAACUGUUACUCAAUCUGGUUGAAAUCGGCUUGGACACCUGGACCCUCAUGCUCUUCACCAAGGCUGGCCGCUCCUACGAAGAAUGCAUGGACUUCAUCAACCGUCUGAAAGAUACCCUGUACAGUCCCAAUGUACGGAGCUGUCUGAAUCUAACGACUAUUACGGCUAGGAAACCCCUACCAACGGAAGACAACGAAUAG